AUGUGGCUUGUAGUGAAGAGUGCGAUAAGGAGAGUGAGUGAGGACGAAAAUUGUGGUUUGAUAAGGGUAAAAGGUUGGCUCGCGACGACCAACCCAGUGGGUAGGGUCGGGCUUGCGGUGGCUCGCGAGCAGCGGAUUGGAGCGGAGGGAGGUUGCGGCUGCGGUAAGAAAGGACGUUGUGCAAUGCGAUUAGGCUAUGGCUUUGGGGUUUGGUGGAGGUGUGGUGAGCAACUCAAGGCUGGAAGGUCGCGGGGUGAGAGCUGGAAGGUGUUUAUGGUGGUUUACGGUGAGGAUGAGGUGGCCAGAGCGGAUGAAGGUUUUGGGGUUUGA